AUGGACCACCUCGACACAACAACCAUCGUCUCCCUCUCUGCCGUCCUCGCCAUCCUCUUCACCUCUCAUCUCCUUUCCCUGGCAACUCUACACCCCACAACGCCCACCCGCCUGCGAAUCCUCUUUAUCUGGCACCUCUUCGACUUCCUGAUCCACAGCAUAUUCGAAGGCUCCUUCCUCUACAACUGCUUCUUCCUCUCAGUCCCCUUCGUCCCCACCCACCCAUACGCCGACCUCUAUAACAACUUUUUGGGAACAGGGAGAUUGUAUGGGAGUGCGUUCGGCGAUAACUGGGGUAGUAAACUAUGGAUGGUGUAUGCAAAAGCGGAUCGCCGCUGGGCCGGCGCUGAUUUGACGGUUGUGAGUUUGGAGCUGCUUACGGUUCUUGGAGCGGGACCGUUGGCGCUUUAUAUUUGCUAUGGGAUUGCGCGGAGGGAGGUGAUGGUUCCGUAUUGGAUGAUUGUGCUUGCUACCGGGGAACUAUAUGGCGGAUUCAUGACCUUCUGCCCCGAAUGGCUGACCGGUAACCCAAACCUCGACGCCAGCAACUUCAUGUUCAAAUGGGUGUACCUUGUCUUCUUCAAUAUGCUGUGGGUGGCGCUGCCGUUGUUCGCGUUGCAUGUUAGUUUUGUGGAUAUUAAGAAUGCGAUGGUUAUGCGAAAAGGCAUGGUAGCUGCUAGAAUUGAGUUGAAACGGAGAGAGGCGGAGAAGGGAAGAGAGGUAUUAUUUUCGAUUUCGGACUUUGAGGCAUGGAGAUGCCCCAACCAAGUAUCGCCCCUUGCGAUGUGGGGACUGCGUUAUGUCAUCAAGUAUUAUCAUCAACACACCAAUGAAUGCCAUCACUGGUUCGCGAAGGAUAUCUUCGACAAGUUAUCACCAUUCUCCGUAUGCGCCUCAAAGGGCAAUUGGGGGUUCGUAAACACAAACAAUGUGUCUCUUCUUAAUGUUCCCAAAGUCACUUGA